GUUUCCGGGUCUCCAGUCAACACGCGUGCGGCAACAAACCGGAGACUUUUGACCAUAACACACCGACACACUUCUCUGCGCUGAAACAGGAGCGAUAAAGCUCGUAUUUCUCCCACAGAGACAGACGUAAACCUCUCAUCAUGGGCCCGCCUCGCUCCAAGAAGCGUCGCCCGACGUUCCGGCGGCUGCUGAAGACGAGCGGCAUGAAGCUGGACAACAAGCUGAAGACUCGUCAGAUGAAGCAGCAGAACGUCGCCAAGAAGCAACGCAAGGAACAGAAGAGGCUGAGGCAGGCGGUGAAGGACGCCUCCAUCAGGACGCCCCGCCCCCUGGAGACGUACAGGAAGAGGCCUGAGGAGGAGGAGGAUGAAGACGAGUUUCUGGAGACUCUGCCGACGGAUAUGUUGGAGGAAGAUGACAUGCAUCAGAUGGCCGCCAUGGCUCGGAAAGCCUCCUUCAUCACCAGAGACCUGUCGUCAUGCGCACCGGUGCACAGCGGAAAGAAGCGGAGCUCGGACGUCAUCCGGAGUUACGAGAAGGUUCCCAGGAAGCUGGUGAGGACGGAGGAGAAGGAGGUCAUCCACCUGCUGCCAAUCAAAGACAAGAGGGGUCUGAUCCCGCAGAGCAUGGAGAAAGUUGUUACGAACCAGCAGCAGGAGGAGGAAGAAGAGGAGGAGGAUGACGAUGCUGCUGCAGAUGAGCAUGUGGAAAACGAGGUGGCGCCACAGAUCUACCCACAGCUGACAGAGGCACAGAGGGAGCGGAUUAGAGCUCAGAAGAUCAGUGAGAAGAGGCUGACCAUAGCCAGCCUGGGAUCCGCCAUCGUCUCAGACCCCAUCGUUAACAUCAAGCGUGUGAAGGAGCUGAGGGGGAUGCUGAUGGAGGCCGACCCCAGCGUGGCGGUGACCGUCAGGAAGCUGGUGAUGGUUUCCCUCAUGGAGAUCUUCAAAGACAUCGCCCCCACCUACAGGAUCCGACCUCUGACGGCCGAAGAGAAGGCCACAAAGGUGAAGAAGGAGACUCAGCAGCUCAGAGAGUUUGAAGAAGGUCUCGUGAGUCAGUACAAGUUCUACCUGGAGGACCUGGAGCAGACCAUCAAAGACUGGAAGCAGAAGAAGAAGAAGCGCAGCCAGGCGGUGGGAUUCCAGUCGUACCGCGGCCUGGCCGAGGUCGCCAUCCGCUGCCUGUGUGAGCUGCUGCUCGCCAUGCCUCACUUCAACUUCCACAACAACAUCAUCGUCGCCCUCGUGCCGCUGAUGAACGACUCGGCCAAGAAGGUGUCGGAUAUGGCUUGCGAUGCGGUCAAGAAGCUCUUUAAGCAGGAUAAAAUGGGCGUGGCCUCCCUGGCUACGGUGCGAGUCAUCUCCGGCCUCGUGAAGAGCCUCAACUACAACGUCAGACCCGAGGUGCUGCUGACUCUGCUCAGCCUGAGGAUUAAGGAGGUGGAGAUGAAGAAGGACAUAGAGUCCACAGCCCCAAAGAAGAAGUUCAUGAAUCACAAAGAGAAGAAGAAGAACCUGUCCAGGAUGCAGAGGAAGUGGAAAAAGGCUGAGGAGAAGCUGGAGAAGGAGCUGAUGGAGGCCGAAGCCUCGGACAGCAAAGACAAGAAGAUCAAACUGCACACGGAGACUCUCAACAUCGUCUUCCUCUGCUACUUCAGGAUUUUGAAGAAGGCUCAGAAAUCGGUCCUUCUACCUGCUGUACUAGAGGGGCUGGCCAAUUUUGCUCACCUGAUCAAUCUGGAGUUCUUUGAUGACCUGCUCAACGUGCUGCAGAACCUCAUCCAAUCAGGAGAUCUGACCCAUAAGGAGAGUCUCCACUGCAUCCAGACCGUCUUCACCAUCCUGUCAGGACAAGGUGACGUCCUGAACAUCGACCCUCUGAACUUCUACUCUCAGCUCUACAAAAUGCUGCCGAGGCUCCACGCAGGGGCGUCCAAUGACGACAUCGCCAUCGUGCUGCGGUGCCUGGACGCCAUGUUGACUCGCCGCAAGAAGCAGGUGAGCCUGCAGAGGGCGAUGGCGUUUACGAAGCGACUGAGCAUGCUCAGUCUGCACGUACUGCCCAACGCCAGCGUGGGAAUCCUCGCCGCCAACAGAGCCACCAUGCACUCCUUCCCUAAGUGCGACUUCCUGUUGGACAACGAGAUUCAGGGCAGCGGCUUCUAUCUGCCGGAGUUGGACGAACCCGAACACUGCAACGCUCAAAACACAGCGCUGUGGGAGCUGCACACCCUGCAGAGACAUUACCAUCCGGUGGUGCGGCGGUUCGCGUCCCACCUGAGUCGUGGCGCUCCCAGUGAAGGAUCGGCAGCGCUGAGCGUGGAGCUGAGUCGCAGGUCGCCGGUGGAGCUGUUUGAUGUCUACAGUGUCAAAGACAUGACAUUUAACCCCCCUGUAGCACCGCCCGGCUCCAAGAAGAAGGAUCGUUUCUCGGUCGGAGCUUCUUCGCUUCUGGACGCCGAGCUGCAGACGCGAGUGAACAGAGUCCUGACCGAGGCUGAGGACGCACAGCUGGACUUUACCGCAACACACACCAAGAAAACAACUGCACACACAAUCGCACACACGCUGUCGUAGCGACACCCUCGCUGGUGCAUCCAGGCCGGAUCAGUGAUUCUGUAAAAAGAUUCUAAAGAGGAAAUGUUUUGGUAAUUAAACAACUAACAAAACAAAAGACUGAAAUGUCUGUUUUCAAUUUUGAAUAAUUUAAUUUGUCUUUUAUUAUCCUGACGGAGUCAAAACCAACUUCAAUUCAAAAGUUCGGAGCUGUUAAGAAACAGCCGCAGUAUUAAUAAAGAGUUGGGUUCUUACGAUGAAGUCUGAUAUUUAAACAGAAUUAUAUUGAUGUAAAAGAAUCAUCUUUUUAUCUUUUAUUAUAUUUGUUUUACUUGGAUGGAAGCUGGUUCUGUAUUAUAAGGAUAUAAAUCUUAUUUUUUAUAGUAUUCAUGCUUCAGAUUCUGUUUUUAACCAACAACAAAAUAAACCUGAAACUCUCUGCGUACCAAA